GAGGUUCUUCUGUCUCGUGUUGUUGUUUCAGGUCGAUUUCUUGGUCUUCCCUCGGCUGGCAUUGUAUGAAUGGAACAGUUUCAUUGGAAUAGUUAAGACAGAUCGGGCUUGGCAAUGGCGAAAAUCGUGAAGAAGACAUAUGGCAAGAAACUUGCCUGGGGAACUGGAUCAUGCCCAGCUUUUGACGAGGCAAAAGUACAGUCCAAGAAAUCCAGCGUUGUAAAAGUUUUAAGGCCAAGUAUUUGGGCUAAGGUACCCCUGAUAGAAACAUUUGCUGAAUCGCCUCAUCGAUCGAAGAAAAAAUCGAUAACUGCUCCGACAGUGCUUUCUGUUCCAGAGACCGUGAGUGAACAAGCUCCAAAAAAGAAGGGAAGAAAGAGAAAAAUUGAGGACCCUUUUGGUUUCGGAGAUUUGGAUGAAGAGGUUGCACCAGCAUCAGAGUACAUUUCUCCAAAGAAGAAAAAGCAGGAACAAUUAGCAUCUUCGGUUAAGAAAAAUGGAGUAAACAUGAAGGUUAAAACAUCCAAAAAAAGUAAUGUGAAUAAAAUUGGGUCAAGUGUUUUUUCAGGGAUGGAUGCUAAGAGCCCAAACUUAGGCGUAAAAUUUUCAACUAAAGAACAAAAGGCAAAGAAAAGUCCAUCUGUAUCUGAAAAUGGUGCUAGUCCAAAGAAGCGAGGUAGACCACCAAAAGGCCAAAGCCCAGGAACAUUAAGCCCAAAGAGUAUUUCUGGAACUAAUGAUAAAAUUGGAAACAAAAGCCCUGGAUUGUCUGAUAGUGAUGUUAGCCCAAAGAAGCGAGGUAGACCACCUAAGGAUAAAAGUUUAAUAAGUUUAAGUCCAAAAAUUACAUCUGAUAUUAAACAAAACGAGAAUACUAAAAGCCCAGCUUUGUCUGAAGGUGAUGCUAGCCCUAAGAAACGAGGCAGACCACCCAAAGACAAAAGCUUAUUAUCUACCAGUCUGAAAACUGCUUUUGGUGUUAAAGGAAACAACAUUAAGAAAAGCCCAGCUUUGUCUGAAGGUGAUGCUAGCCCAAAGAAACGAGGCAGACCACCCAAAGACAAAAGCUUAUUAUCUACCAGUCCAAAAACUGCUUUUGGUGUUAAAGGAAACAACAUUAAGAAAAGCCCAGCUCUGUCUGAAGGUAAUGCUAGCCCAAAGAAACGAGGCAGACCACCAAAAGACAAAAGCUUGAUGGCUAUAAGUCCAAAAAUUACUACCACUGUCAAAGAAAGCAAAAUUAAAAAAAGUCCAGCCUUUGUGGAAAAUGAUUUUAGUCCCAAAAAAAGAGGAAGACCUCCAAAGAACAAGAUAUUGUCACCUGGAAGUCCAAAUGUGUCAGGGAAAAGCAAUGAAGACUUAGUUAUUAAAAGCCCACCCCUAUCUAAAAAUGCAGCCAGUCCCAAGAAGCUUGGAAGGCCCCCAAAAGACAAAAGCUUAGCAGUUUCAAGUCCAAAGAUUACCAGUAAAAAAGGCCUUCUCCCAGAGAGUCCUAUUUCAUCUGAAGGAGCAAAUACACCUAAAAAGCGUGGUAGGCCACCAAAGAACAAAAUUGAAAGUCCAGUAAUGAAUGGAGUUCUUAUGGCCGCUUCCACAUUACCAAGGGAUGCUGGGAAUGGAAAUAAAUCACCAAAACCACUAGGAAGACCAAAAAAGUCAACUAGUAAUGAAACUAAGACAUCAAAUGUGAAAUCUUCUUCAAACAAACAACCAAAGUCGCCUGCUGCAAAAGAACUUUUCAGACAAUCUCCAUUAGAACUGGAAAACGAAACUGACACAGGCAAUUUUUCAGUGACAGCGCAAAAUGUCAUUGAUGUUAUUGAUGGGGCACCAUUAGUUAAAAGAAAGAGAGGCAGACCUGCAAAGCAAAAGAUAACUGAAAAUUCAAAAGAUCAUUUAGUUUCUAAUUCUCAUAUUGAUCCAGAUCAAAUAAAAACUAGUGAGGAUGCUGGAGAAUCUUCCUUGGUUUCACAAGUCUUCUCUGAAACAGAUACAUUAGAAAUUAAUGAAGAUGAAGUUCACAAUCAGUUCAUUUCACCCACCGAAGCUGAAAUGUUAGCAGAACAGACAACACAGGAAAUGACACCCAAAAAAGUUAGAUUCUCAUCUGAAAAGGAAAGUGAUCUAUCUGGCAGAGCAAGCAGCUCAACAGAGACAGGGUCACCUUUCAAAUGGUUCUUGAAGAAUAAUAAAAAGACACUCUCACCAAGAAAAGUUGCAAAGUUAAGAAGAAUUUCAGUUCUGCCAACAUGUUCCACAGAAGGGGAUGACGAUGAAGAGGACAUGGAUGCUGCUGUUCCAUUUGGCUUACCUUGGGGAUUAGAACCAGAUGAAAAUUCCCUAAGAGUGACAAAAGAUGAAAAGGAACUCUUUACAAUUGUGCGGAAUACAAAACAGGCACAGGAAAGUGUUGAAUUUGGAGAGAGUCAGCAGUUCAAAGAUGAUGUGGAAUACCUUCUUGAUGGCAUUGCUGAUACCAACUCGCUUUCAACGAGGUGCUUGAGCCUUAUUGAAUUAGCAUCAAAGUGUGCAAAAACUGCUUUUAGGAUGAAUCUUAGAGCUCAUGGCACUAUUGCUGCGAUUUUCGAGAAGCUGACUGAUGCACCAAAUAACCAGCGCCUUGCAUUGUGUACUGCUGCAUUGAUGUUUAUGCUCACAAGAGAUCGCUUGAGUAUUGAUUUCGAUAAAUCGAUCUUAGAAAUGAUGCUUAAAUUGCUUGCAAUGAAGGAAGAUGCAGAAGAAGAGUCCUCAAAAGACUGGACUAGGCUUACCACGAAAAUAAAGGACAUCUUUGGAAAAGAUUCGAUCAAAGGAGUAAACAAUCUGGAUUUAUCCAAACUUACGACGGAAUCAUUGGCGAGAGAAUCAUUUUUGUCGCUUACACUGCAAAGAACUGGCUCCUGGUUCAAAGACGAAAUUAGAUUGCUUGGUGGUUUAGAUCACGUGGUCGAUACGGUCGUCUCCUGUAGCAAGUGUUUGAAAGUUAACGGCAAGUCAUCUGAAAAUGAUUCUGUGACGAGCGUGAGGCAGAUAGAAAGAUGCUUGAAAUUAUUAGAAAAUGUGACAGUUCAAUGUACUUCCAAUCAAGGCUAUUUGGUUUCUUACCGAGAUUCGGCUUUACUCGAAUCAUGCGCAAGAUUACUCAAAUUUUCAGUGGCAUCAUUAUUUGAAAGUGAACAAGAGAGUGCAAUUGAUGUUCAGGCUCUUUGGUUUUCAACAAUGAAAAUGCUUUUGAAUCUUACUCAUGAUAAUGAACUUGCUAGCACGCGAUUUUGUCAGAAGAAUGAUGUUUUGGGUCUUCUUUUAAAGACCGCCCUGCAGUGCCCCAAGCAUUUGCCAGUUCCAAAACAAUUCGAUGUCGCUGUUCUUAGUCUUGGUUUGAUAAUCAACCUUGUUGAGUACAGCAAAAAGAACCUUGCAGCUUUGAACGCUGUUGUUGCGCCCGCAUUCGAUAGAAAAACUCCUGAAAAACAGGAAUCGCAGAGCCAGAGAGAGGAGGCCUCAGCUGUUGAUUCGUUGUUGCAUCUGUUUCUAGUAAAGUUAGAAGCUGCAAAGGAAAACAGUGGAAUGGAAGAAGAUCUCUCGAAACUGAACAACUCUUUGCAUAGCUCUAACAUUCGAGUCGGCAGCGAUGGGCUAAGCCUCGUUUGCGGGGAUGAUUUAGACAAAACCCAGACUGAAAACAGUGUAACGGAGGAGCCGACGGAAGAAGGAAGUGUGGAGGAGAAACCACCAACGGCUGAGAAUGAAGCUGAAAAAGAAGCCGAACAUAUUGGCAGGGCAUUGCAGAAAGCCGGUCAACAUAUGGAGGACAGUUUGAUUGCGUCAUACGCAGCCUUGCUUCUUGGUCUUCUUGCUGAGGAUAACAAGGAAAAUCAGCAGACGAUAUAUGAACAUUUGCAAUAUGGAGACUUCGGGGUCAUGACUCACACGCUGGAUAAGUUCCUUGCUUUCAUGAACAUGACUGCCAACACAUCCAGUUCAUCUAGUUCCCUCAUCAUCAAAAGAGCCAUUUCUACAUUGGAGAAAUGUAAAGUGGAAUAUCCACCAAAGCUGCCUGUAACGUAAGCUCAAAACAUCUUGCUGUAAAUUUUUCUUAAUGUCUUUUCUUAACUCAAAAGACUUAAAAAGUAUCUUAGAAAAUAUAAAGUUAUGUAGUUUUACAUGUUUUUUUAUUUGGCAGUAGGAGUAACAGUUUCGUUCUUUGGAAACCUUAGUGUUUAGAAUUAUAAUUUUUCUUUUAUUUGGCCUAAGUAGUAUGCAAAAGCGAGUAAGUUUUAAGCUGAGCAUGUAUUGAUAUAUAUUUGGUUUGGUUUUUAGAUUGAGCUUUAAUAGCAUUGACGCUGGCAAAGGUAUUCUGAACACCUUUCAAAGCAUCCGCUUGUUUUUUUUUCGUUUACUGUUAAAGUAGGCCAUGACAUGACACGACACGACACGAUACGACACGACAUGAUACGACAUGACAUGACAUGACAUGACAUGACAUGACAUGACAUGACAUGACAUGACAUGACAUGACAUGACAUGACAUGACAUGACUGAAAAGUUCCAAGUGAAAUAUGCGAUAUGAGGAAAAUUUUUUUCACUCGUAUAUAUUUUCACUCUUCGCGAUAACAGGGAGGCCAUGGGCCCUUUCCUUUCUGUUUUUUCAUAUGAAGAACGUUCAGACCCGUGAUCUAGACGGUUCCCUGCGAGUUCUAUGUGAAAUCUAAUGUCAUUGUAAACUAAAUCGUCCCCUUUCUACAUAACGCAGUUAUUGGUGAUAUAGGACUUUAAUGCAAUCCAUUCACAUGACGCGAAUUUCAAUGGCUGUUCCAAGAUGUUUCCUAAAUACUGUUAAUGAAUUUUGCCGUUAGAUCCCUUCUUCUAAAGAUUUCGUCUUUCCUCCUCAUGGCACCCACUUCAAGGAUAUUUUACUAAUGGCUCAGAGGUGUCUCUACAUACCGGAAACUCGCUGUUAGUAGCCAAUAUUUCUGUGAUAAACCCACCUUUAUUCUAAAGACAGCGCCUUGGUUUUUCCUUCUUAUGUCGUCCACUACAAGUAUAUACUUCUGAUUAAUCCAGCUUUUUUCUAAAGAUUAUGCCUUGGUCUUUCCUUCUCAUGACAUCCACAUCAAAGAUAUGUUACUGAUGGCUCCAAAUAAUGUAUACGUACCAGAUAUUCGCUUUUAGUACCGAAAUCAAGGCCAUUGUACGGAUAAUUAAAAAAAGCAUCGUAGCUACGGGACAAAAUAUUUCUUAGAAGAUACGCCAGGCCUUAUUCUGAGGGCUACAAUUGUUAUUUAAGGUCUACUCAGAAUAUAAAAACCUAUAACUUUAAAUUGCUGCCAUUAUUUAGUUCUGUAUUUGGUUAUUGGCCUUUAAAUGUGAGAGCAAUCUAUGUCUCCAACGCCGUAGCACCUCGAACAAGGAAGGCCUUUGGAGUGUUCGCUAUGAUUUUCAUUUUUAGCUUGAAUAUGUUAUUUAUCGUAUCGGCUAAAAUAAUGCACUGAACAAAAAAAAUGUGCAUCGGUCGGGGCUCACUUGAGGGUGGAGACUUAGUUGAGGGGAGUGUCUUUUACAGGGGGAGGGGGGCAAUUCGAUGAUAUGCGUCAUACGCUUUAAAGUGUUAGUAUUUGGCGUAUUUCGUACUUUUAACAAUAUCUAACCCAAACCUUAAAAAGCUGUAAAUAUUGACAAUUUUUAAUUGUUAGUUUCCUUUUCAAAACGUAUUAAUUCAAUUUGUUCUAAGAGUAGUGUUUCGUUAGGAAAGACGUAACUAUCAGCCUUCAGUAACAGACUGUGGACAAAGGCAGUUGCAAUAAAUACCGCAAAUUGCUAUUUCUAUUCUAGAAUCGUAACGUAUUACUUUAGUACUCAUUGUCUAUCUUUUAUUUCCUCAUCAUAUUUUGACGUAAAGCACUCA